UCUAUGUAAACAUUAAGUUCAUGUGCUUCAAUGAGCACAAGGUGCCACAAGCUUUUGCGAACACGGUGAAAAACAUCCUAUCGUCGCUUGGAAUCCCAAGCCUCAUUCCUUCCGUUCUAAAAAAAUUCUAACGCUGGUCGUUGAGAUUCUACUUUGCUAGUCAAAGAUCUUUUAUUGAAGUUUGACAAAAAAAUCACACCCUCGAUACCAAACUUUUUGUGCUUUUGCUCAUUUCCUUCGAGCCCCACAUCACCAUGCACUUUCCUCUUCCUGGUGCAGGCUUUAAAGUCUUCAUUGUCUUCAUCCUUGGACUUGUUUCCUUCGCGUGCAUUUCUGCUCGACCGCUUACCAACUCGGAAUCAAACCUGAUAUCCCGCUCUGAUCUGGUUAGUAGAGCACGUUGGACAGCUACAGUUUCCUUUCCGGGCUCUGCUUCGAAAAUCCUGCCAUCGAAAAUUGCGUGCAAUAUCAAGAAUGACAUUCGAAAGGCAAUAUCAAUGAAUAUCGUUUCUGGGCAUACAGUCAAAGUCAAAUUUUCCCAGCUAGUUCCGGAGUUUGACGAGAACCAGAACAUUUCUUUCCUCAUUACCUGGGACAACGGGGCUCAAAGUGGCCCAAGUAAAGGGGUUGUUAAAAAGAUUCCGGAAGGAAGAAAUCAAUUUCGUGUGGAGGUCGAAUUAAGUCCGCCCGAUUCUACACCAGCCAUAAAUGCUUCAGGUUAAUACUAGUAGCGAACCAUGUCCAAGCACAGACCUGCGACGCCGCCAAGUGGUGACCGAUCACAACCCAUGCGGGACCCCAAGUCUUUAUUUUUUCGAUGACAGGGAGG